AUGAGAUCACAUCAAAAGAGCACAGAUGCAGCUAUCAGAAACCUCGAGACACAAUUGGGCCAGCUAGCCCAAGAAAGGGAUGAAAGACCCACAAGAACUUUUGGGGCUAAUACUGAGAAGAACCCAAGAGAAGAGUGUAAAGCGGUAAUGACUCGAGAACAAAAGAAUGCUCAAGAAGCAAGAACGAUGACAGAAGACGAGGAAACUGAGGAUAAGAAAGAAGAACUUCAAGAGGAAGGGAAGCCAGAGGAAGAAGAGAAGGUGGCCUUAUCACCUAAAACCAAGAGUCAAAAAGCAAGAGAAGCUAAGAAGGAAGAAUCGCCAGUCUUGCCGCAGGAUCUUCCGUAUCCUAAGGUGCCAACCAAGAAGAAUAAAGAGUGCUACUUCAAGCGUUUCUUAGAAAUAUUUAAAGGACUGAAGAUCACCAUGCCAUUCGGGGAAGCCUUACAACAGAUGCCCCUCUACUCUAAGUUCAUGAAAGAUAUCAUCACUAAGAAAGGGAAAUAUAUAGACAGCGAGAACAUUGUAGUAGGAGGCAACUGUAGCGUGAUCAUUCAAAGGAAGCUACCUGAAAAGUUCAAGGACCCGGGAAGCGUUACCAUCCCAUGCACUAUAGGAAAAGAAGCGGUAGAUAAAGCCUUCAUCGAUCUAGGCGCAAGCAUCAAUUUGAUGCCCUUAUCAAUGUGUCGACGAAUUGGGAAUCUAAAAAUUGAUCCCACUAGAAUGACACUUCAAUUGGCAGACCGCUCAAUUAUGAGACCAUACGGGGUGGUAGAAGAUGUCCUGGUCAAGGUUCGCCACUUCACUUUUUUGGUGGACUUUGUCAUCAUGGACAUCGAUGAGGACACAGAAAUUCCCCUUAUCUUAGGCAGACCCUUUAUGUUGACUGCCAACUGUGUAGUAGAUAUGGGGAACGAAAGUCUAGAACUGAGUAUUGACAACCAGAAGAUCACUUUUGACCUUUUUAAAGCAAUGAAGUAUCCACGGGAAGGUUGGAAGUGCUUCAGGAUAGAAGAGAUUGACAGGGAUGAUAAUGUCAAUAUUCUGGACACACCACACACUUCACUGGAGAAAGCAAUAGUAAAUAGGAUGGACUGUCUCACCAGUGAAGAAGAAGAGGAUCUCAAGGCUUGCUUGGAAGACUUGGAUCGGCAAGAAGUCAUUCCUGAGAAAGAAACCUGUUUUGAGAUAUUAGAGAAAGAGGCUCUGCCCGAGAAAAAGAAGGUUGAAUUAAAGGUAUUGCCUAGGCAUUUAAAGUAUGUUUUCUUGGAGGGUGACACCAAACCUGUAGUAAUUAGUAAUGCAUUGACACAGACAGAAGAGAACAGGUUGGUGGACAUCCUGAGGAAGCAUAAGGAAGCAAUCAGAUGA